AUGCAGCCGAGGGCUUCCAACGCCUCCAACCGAUCCGCCCCGCCAAGUGGUGGGAUGCGGAGAUCGAAUAACUCUACUAGCUCAGCCAUGCCCUUAUCGCAAAUCGAGAAAAGUGUCACCCACUUGCUAGUCGCGACUAAACAACUCCUGGAAACACUGACACAAUGGUCGCGUGGCCAGGCUACCGAUGGCCAGGUGUCCGAUGUGUAUGUCAGGCUGGGAUACGAGUUCAACAUGGCCUGCCGGGCCUUUACAGCCAUCAACGUGGAUACCUCCGACCUAGGCAACGUACCCGAGUUGCUACGAAGCAUACUAGAGGCUACCCUGAGCCAAGAAGCAAGCACCGAGAGCUUGGAGAAAUACCUGCCGCGCAUUCGGGAUAUCAUCAUCAACCUGCUCCACGGAUUGAAGCGCAAGCAGCAGAAGCUGCGGCAAAAGCAGCCGAGAGACAGGGAGAGCGGUGGUUCGGCUGGCGCGCCUGAGCGGACGACGAGCACGAGUACGAUCGGUAGCGCGAAUACUGGUUUGACGAAUCUGCUGGAGGAGGGCAUACAGAAUGGGUACCGGCCAGACGCCCAGAGAGAAUCGUCCCAGUCGGCAGGUGGCCCGACAAGUACAUCUCCAAACCGUCGCUACAUGGCCCCGAGGGACCAGUCGCGUGGCUCCGUUAAUUCGGAACAGUCUUCUCUGUCCAGCAAUACGAUGCAGAACAUCCCCGUUGUGCCGCCGUACCCCGGCGACGAGGCGUCGAUGCCGUCCGCGCCGUCUGCAGAGGUCAAUGUCGAUUCGUUCCCGCCGCCGCCGCCGCCUCCCAAGCAGCAAUCGAGUGCCUUUGCCGCUCUGCAGAAAGGAGGCGACCUGGAGAGAAGGGCAUCUCGGCGAUACUCGCAAUACCAAAUAUCCAAGCACUUGGGCAGCGCCAUGAAUGGCGUGCCUAUGCUGCCGUCACAAAACUCGCCCAUACCCAACCGCGGCCGAGGCGAAGUCCGGGAGUCUCUGCGUGCCGUUCAGACUCGGGAGACCGUCCGCCAGAGUCGCGUGCCAAAGCAGCCGCAGCUGGAUACGUCGCCUGUGAGGGCUCAAAGUCGCAACGAGGAGCCUCCGGCCGAACUGCCGGCAGCGAGACCCGAGAGCCCAACGAUUCAGACACCCGAAGACAAGUACCCCCAACCUAGCGCCACGUUGAAGGGACCCCUGAGCGAUGACCUCCCUAUCAUGUCUCCCGAUGAUGAUCGCAAACCUGAAUCGCCAAACAAGGACGAACAAAAGGAGUCACCGGUGAUCAGGACGCCCGAAAAGAAGCGAGACGCCAGCUUCCUUCACGAGCAAUCUCCGCCGUUGACGACAGACCUGACUUUAUUCCUGCAAUACAAGUCAAAGGUCAAGAAAUUCGUGCUGCCUGAAGGUUACAGCGAGCUUUCUAUUGGGCGGCUCCAGCUGGCCUUUAUCGAGAAGUUCUCAUGGAACACGCAUGCCAACGGCGCGGACUUGCCGGAAAUCUACAUCCAGGACCCCGUAUCCGGCGUCAGACACGAACUUGAGGACCUCUCGGACAUCAAGGAUCGAACCGUCUUGGUGUUGAACGUCGAGCCACUUGACGAAGUCAAGCGACAUAUUGACGAGGGCAUCGGACAACUUAAGAAGAUCGUGCAAGACGUGAAGCAGAACAUGGACGACCAGAGCCUGGCGAUACAGAGAGUAUCUGAACGACAGCAGGAAGCGGCCACGGAGAUGGCAAGGCUGGCUUCUGCGCCACCCGUUGUCUCGGCGCCCGCUGACGGAACCAAGUCAGUUGGCGUCGCCGGCGGCCGUAAACUCGCCGCUGGACACAUUAACGAGAUCCAGACCCUUCGCCGUGAUCUGGCCGUCAUGCGUCAAGCAUACUCCAACUUCCAGUCGGAGAUCCAAGGCUCCAUGUCCGCCAUUCGCGCCAAGGCAAGCAACGUCAAGGCCGCGGUGGUGAAGACCUCGAUCCCCACCAUUGAGGGUGAUACCGGCCAUGCUUAUGUCACCAAGGGCCGCGAACAGCUCAACACGGACUCCGACCGACUUGUCGCCAGGGUUGACGAUCUGCAAGACCUGGUGGAGGACCUCCGAAAAGAUGUGGUUCAUCGUGGUGUGCGGCCGCUGCCUAGGCAACUGGAGACCGUUGCCAUGGACAUUACGAAACUUUCAAAGGAACUCAAGAAGGUGGAGGAUUACAUGAAGGAAGAGAAGCCCAUCUGGACCAAGAUCUGGGAGAAGGAGCUUGAGGACGUCUGCAAGGGCCGUGACGAGCUGCGCCUUAUGGAGGACCUCAUGAUCGACCUGCAGGACGACUUGGAGAAGGCAUCCGAGACCUUUGCUUUGGUUGAACAGGCCACCAAGGAGCAACUCAAGGAUAAUGGAACGACCGCCAGCGCCGGCACCGCCCGCAACUUCUCUAAGGGCUUGAACAGCCUCGGAAACAGCUCCGACCCCAACGCAGCCAAGGACGGUGUUCUUGGGGAGGUGAGGGCGCUGCAGCCCAACCACGAAAACAGACUAGAAGCCAUCGAGCGGGCCGAAAAACUGAGGCAGAAGGAGCUCGAGGGCCGAAAGGGCAACGAACUCCAGAGGGAGCUUUCAAAUUUCGUGGAGGAGGGCAAGCUGAAAAAGUCUGGUGGCUUCGAGGAGGUGGAGAGGGCCCGAAAGGCCAAAGACGACAUGAUCCGACGGCAGGUCUGGGAAAGACAGAACGGCGUCGUCGCCGAGGAGGAAGAGGAAGAAGUCGAAUACGAAGAGGUAGAAGAGGAAGAGGAGGAGGAAGAAGGGGGGGCUGCUGGUGAGGCCAACAGCGCCGACGCUCCGGCCGACGCAGACAAGGCCGCGUCGUCGGCGGCACCGCCAGCGGCCUAG